AACGUGCGGGACGUACUGGUGUUCAGGUCGUUGGACGCGGAGCAAAUGGCCGCAGUGAUCGACACGAUGUUCGAGCGGGAGGUGCGCGCGAACGAUGUGGUCAUCAGGCAGGGAGACAAGGCCGACAACUUCUACGUGGUGGAGCACGGCACGUACGAGGCGCGGAUCGCGGAAGACCAUCGGGACGGCCCUUUGGUCGAGCGGGUGGUACGCACGUACGCGGGCGCAGGUAGUUUCGGCGAGCUGGCGCUUUUGUACAACAUGCCAAGGGCUGCCACCGUGGUGGCCAAGACGGACGGCGUACUGUGGGUGAUGGACCGGCGCACGUUCGGCCGCGUGGUGCGUAAGACGGCGUGCGACCGUCGCGAGCUGUUCGACCGGCUCAUCGGGUCCGUGCCGAUGCUGGACGCGCUCCAGCCGUACGAGCGCAUGAAUCUGUCGGACGCGCUCGAGCCCCGGUACUACCGGCACGGCGAGCUGGUGUUCGGCCAAGGCGGCCCGGGUGACGGCAUGUACUUCGUGAUGCGCGGCGCAGUUGCCGUCCACGUGACCGACCGGGUGGGCGUGCGCGCGCGGGUCAACACCGUGGCCGAGGGCGGCUACUUCGGCGAGCUCGCGCUCAUCACGGACAACGGCCGUGCCGCAUCCGUGUACGCCGUCGGCGACGUCAAGCUGGCGUUCCUCGACGUCGGCGCGUUCGAGCGUCUGCUCGGCCCGUGUUUGGACAUCAUGAAGCGCAACAGCGAACUGUACGAGCAACAGUUGGCCGCCGCUUUCGGUACCGACCGCGUCCCGUGACAACCGUGCGUCCACACCGGUUGGAGAUGUCCGAUCGCACUGUUGCAUACCACUUAACCACGUAAACACGAGUUGUGGGCCCGUUGAAAUUAUAGCAGUUCAAAUAUAAAAUGUUAAAUAAUCAUUAUUAAUAAUCAGUAUU